CCUCUCCUCUAUCGAGUACGGGAACAAACCUCAGCUAGACCAGGCAGCCUCACUUUUCCUCAGGCCAUGAGCAACCGUAACUAAGAUACCUAGCUUCGUUCCUUUGGGUAAACCACCUGCGGUUUGCGUCCCCUGUGAGCCUACCUGUCCCCACUUCAAUUGAGUGGUUUUCAGGGUUGGGAAGCACUUUUUUGCCUUGUUUUUGCACUAGCCGCCUGUCCCGUUGUUUUUUUGUGUCCCGCAUCCCGGACCCAAACAACACGAGCGGAAUCUGCUUGCACCCCAAUAACUACCUAGGUUUCCAUCUAGGCUUCAGUUCAACGGGAGUCCACAAUGGGCGAUAAGCCGCGCAAUCUCCUCCACAAAAUUCCCUGGGCAUUCGGCAAGAAGAAAGCGCAGCGCGUCGUCAAUGGUGAAGCCAGCCACGCCGCACUUUGCCAAACCGAGCUAGAGGGCAACGAUGGUAAAGGUGACGCGCCGGCGAGUUCCGCCGAUACAAGACCCGUACCAGGAGCACCCUCAAGACAGACAGCUGCUAUGGAAGACGGCGGUUCGGUAGAAGGGCGGAAAGACGAGCCACCACCUCCACAAAAUGCCGGGACUACUGGUGCUGAAACCGGGGACAAGCCAGAUGCAGCUAUUGCGGAAUCGAGCGAUGCUGCCGCACCAUCCAACGCCUCGCCCGCCCCGGCGGACGGAGCUGCACCAUGGUAUAAUCCAGAGGAGCGGGUCGCCGGCUUGUGGGAUGACGCGUACGAUCAGUUGCGGAAGACAGACUCGGACCUCAUGCGUGCGUACGAAUCUGUGAUGGCGGCCUGGAGUGCGGGCAUCAUCUCAUGGCCCCGGCGGGCAUCUACCUGGAAUUCUGCUCCGGGCACGCCGGUCGAGGCCCACACCUGGCUUGAUCGUGACAAGAGGCGACAGCAUAUAACAUGCAUCACCGACGGCUGGCUCGAGGAACGAAUUGGGGAGAACGACCGUGUUACGCAGGCCGUUGAGGCUCGCUCCCUGAGAGACAUCAUGAGAACUGCCGUUCAAGCUUCUCCGCAGGCAUCCAUGGCCUGGGCUGCUUCAUGGCUUGCUCUAGAGACCCUCUUGCAAACAGAUUCUCUGGACGGCGAGACUCGCUCGCAAACUGUGUCCACGAUCUCGCGAAUCAAGCGGUACAGCGCGCUGCCUCGGCUCCUCUUCGGGGGGCCCCCGCCCGGUGGAGACCAGCAUGCCGAUAACUCUCAUGUUGAGGCGCUCACGGACCUCUACAGCAUUGUCCUUAGACAGCUCAUCACCACUGCACUGAAAUGGAAGCAGCCAGAGACGGCAGUCGAAACGACCGCUGAGCACAUCCGGGGUCUCGAAGAGGCAUUCACAAAUGGCCUCAGCAAAGAGCAGGACAUGGAGUCUGAGCUCUCACAGUUAUUCGAGCCGCCCAAGGGUAGCAAGCAAGACGAGGCAGCUUCCGAUGCGGAGUCCGAAGCUAGUACCGCCUCAGAAAAUACGGAGAUAGACGAGGCAGAGCGUCUCAAACAGAUCUUGGAGAAGUUGCACGCACCCGAACAGCCGCUUGACGAGACUGACGCUACGAGAAGAGAAGCGGGCCGACUUUUGUAUGAUUGGGCACGCGACACACCGUAUUUUGAGAAGUUCCUCAACUGGACUGACGGAGCGAGCGGGCGUGUUCUCUGGGUCAGCGGUUCGCCCGAGGUCGGGAAAUCCAUACUUUUGCGCACAGCGGCGCAGAGUCUGGUAACGGAGCAAGGGGCUGUCUCUUCAUCAGAAGAUGGAAAGAAAGUGGCCUACUUCUUCUGCAAUGGCAGCGGCGGAUUCCACGAACGGGAUGUCCUUUCCGCGCUCAAGGCCCUCAUAUCCGGCGUCCUCCGCAGCCAACCCCACCUGCGCCUUCACCUGGAAAGAGCCUUCCGCGACACAGACCGGACCGAUUUCGAGGGCAAGGGCGACUUCUAUGCCCUGUCAACUGUUCUCUACAGCAUCAUUGAAGACGCCGACUUUGCACCCACGUACUUUGUGGUGGACUCGAUCGAGCUGCUUGCCGUCGACGCGGCCGAGGACGCGGAUCCAAGCUUAGAGCAGAAGGUUGGCGUGGGUGCGGAUCAUAGCACCACUGCCCGCCUCCGGGGACUUGUGGAUCUACUAAGCUUCAUAUCUACAACCACGGCACCGCCGUAUGGAAACAAGGUCAAGUGGCUGGUUUCUGUUGAUGGCAACAAAGUUGACCCGGGGCUGCUGUCGCCACAAGCUGUAUCGCAACUGCGCCUCGAUCUUGACUCGCACCCGGCAGACCUCCGGAAGAUCGUCAGUGAUGUCGCAACCUCAAGAUUCGCCGCCACUGCAAACCGUGCGCUCUACAAGGGGGGGCUCUACAAUGCCGUGCUGAAUAAGCUGCGCGAGGUGACGCCUGGCAACUUCAUCUGGCUCGAUGCGGCGCUUGCCGUCGUCAGGUCAAGCGAGAAGGUCUGGAACCUUCCCGAUAUCCUGGACCACAUGAGCAAGCGAAGUCAAGGCGUUGAAUCGCUGUUUUUCUUAGGCCAGUUACAUGUUGGAAACCUCACGGCGAAGGAUAAGAAAUACCGCACAGAUAUUCAUUCUGCGGCGGCCCUCGCAUACCGGCCGCUUUUGGUUGCAGAGCUUGUCGAUCUAGUUGAGCUGCCAGAAGAGGUCGACGUUUCGGUUGUCGUGAAUACGAUGCUCCCGUUUAUCCUGGAAAUACGGGAUGGCAGACUGCAGUUUAAGCACCAGUCUGCCACGGAAUUCAUCCGGCGCAACCUGGCGGAGCUGGAACUCGGGGCCAUCGAAAAGCUACACACCAUUAUGGCGCACCGCUGCUUGGAGAUGGUCCUAACGCAUCUGCGCUGUACUCGAAUGUGCGGACGUGUUGCUACAACCGCGCCGCUCGCAAGGCACGAGUGCACGUAUCCCGCCACAGCCUGGAUCAGACACUUGACGGAGCCUGGCGUGUUCGACAGGGUAGCCUUGGCACUGGCUGACCACUUGUUGCAUGACCAUGUGAUAGAGUGGCUGGAGAUGGUGGACGCGAAAGACGAACUGUCAGACGUCCUCAACCCGAUGUCCCGGUUAUUGGAGUUAGCCGCGACGCCUGUCCCCACCGCUGACAACGGCCGCAGCGAGGAGUACGGCCCGGUCAAUCUUCAGAAGAGCAUUCACAACGUCAUGAGCUUCAUUAGACGUGACCGCUCGCAAACCGGCGCCAUGGCUCCUCAGAAGACGGAUGAUGAGCCCUCCACAGAUCAGAACGGCACUCCUGGCGACUUCGCAUUUGCUGAUUCUUACACUACAAGCCGCCGAGUCCGCAGCAGCCUGCUCUUUGUUCCCGCCACGGAUCCGUGGAGGCAGAGAUGGCUUCCGAAGUACUAUCCGUGGCUCGUCACAGCCCCACUGGUCAGGACCACAGGCCAAGGGGCAGUCGGCAACUGCCUCCACGUUAUGCACCAUUAUGACUGGGUCCGGGGAUGCUGCUUCUCUCACGAUGGCCGUCUGGUCGCAUCUGCGUCUGACGAUGGGCGCGUGCGCCUCUGGGAUGCUGACACUGGCAAACUACAACGAGUCCUGAAUAACGAAAAUUCCAGAUAUGUCUACGGUGUGACAAUGUCGAGCAGCAGCCCGGAGAACCACGCCAUCCUCGCUGCCUACACGUCCGACAUCCUCACAGUCUGGGAUAUCCCGACGGGGCGGCUACUGAAGAAACUCAUUAUAGGGUCCAGACCUGAUCCUGAGGCCGGGACCGAUAUGGAAGAAGACGAGAGGCACAGCGAACAAGGUCAGGACGGCGGGAGGAAGACUGAAGACGAGGACCAGGAACCGUCGGCAGCGAGCCCUGACGCCGACAACAAUAUUUACAUUGGGGGCAGUAGCAUCGGCGACAUCGCGAUCGCGUCGGCCGGCGACAAGCUGGCUGCUGUUGUGGACGAGAAGGCCCGAGUUUGGAAGCUGCCUGCUUAUGCGGAACUGAGUCUCAGAUCAGGAGAGGGUGACAAGUCCGAGGAAGCCCCCGUCUCAUGCGUCAGGUUCUCGCCCGACGGUAAAUACGUGGCGUACAACCAGGGCGGCGAAAUACUCGUCUGUGACUCGACGACAGGCAGCCUUGUUCGCACGCUAGCCGAGCGCUCUCCAUCCCGCAAUCACGAGGACCUUGACAGCAUUAACGAGGACGACGUAGACGGAACAGAAUCCGAUUCUUCGCACGAGAACCCUGCCGUCGAAAGUGUCGGUGUCUCCAUAUUCGUCUUUUCGGCCGAUUCCAGGCUGCUUCUAUCAAUCAAAGAUGACAGCAAGGCACGUGUGUGGGAUAUUCAAUCGGGCCAAACCUUGGCGGUGACAGAAUCCACUUUUGACCGAGACGCGUACUCGCACGAGGCGGUGUUCUCGCGUGACGGCACGCGGUUUGCCACGAUCAGCGACUACAAAGUGAUUGGUAUCUGGUCGCCAAAGUCGUCUGAUGGAUGGGGCGCCACCGAGAACGAAGAAUACACGCGGCCGGCUCGACUUCUCAGCGGGCAUGGCGGCCUGGUCUUGGCUUUGCAUUUCUCCCCUGUCGGCAACCUUCUGGCAUCGUCGUCCUCGGACUUCACCGUCCGGAUCUGGGACCUCGAAAUGGCCGAGGCGGAGACGGCCGCAGAAGGCGCACUGGUAGCAGAGGAGUCGUCCAUGCCCGUCACAGGGAGACGCAGUCUUGGCCACAGGGGGCCCGUCCACUGCGUGUCCAUGUCGGCGGACGGCAGCCUGGUCGCGUCCGCAUCCACCGACGGAACCAUCUGCGUGUGGGAUGGCAAGACAGGCGAGAAUCUUUCUAGAGGCGAGCAUUCCAACAUUACGUCCUUGGCAUUCUCGCCCAGCUGUAGCCGCCUCGUCUCCGCAUCGAAAGACAACACGGCCUUCCUCUGGAACGUCAAACCGACAAGCGCACAACGUGAAGAAGAAGUCGCCUCCAUGGCACCUGAGUGCCGGCUCAUUGGCCAUCAGGACUGGCUUCGCAAUGCGGUCUUCUCUCCCGACGGCGACCUCGUGGCGACGGGCUCUGACGAUUUCACUGUGCGCCUGUGGGACCUCUCAGCCGCCACAAUCACUGAAAGCCAGAGAACUACAGACGAUGCUCCGGGUGAGGAUGAGACGAAGGCUUCCAGCGUGCCAAACCGCGUCUUCCGCAGUCACGACGACUACGUCUUCGGCCUAGCUUUCUCGGCGGACGGCAAGCGCCUGGCCUCAGCUGGCGACGAUCGCCACGUCAUGGUCUGGAAUCUGGUCUCCGGGGACAAGGCGGACAGGACUAAGCCGGACAAGGACAUGUCGGACCGGCGCGUCAAGAGCCACAUUCGAGAGGUCAUCUUCUCGCACGACGGGUCCCGGCUCUUCACCGUCUCCACCGAUUGCACCGUCGCAAUCUGGAGUCCGGACCAACCCGAGGACCAGCAGUGUGUUGCUGUCGUUUCUCAGGCCGAGAACUAUCGGCUAGAGCAUCUGCGCAUUGACAAGGACUACCCAGACGUGCUGCUGUUCUCGACGGGCGCCUGGCCGUUCGAUGUCAGCCCAGCGGCGCUGGAGGAGGCGGCGGCGGCGGCGGCGGCGGCUCAAGACCCCGACAACGCAAGGCCCGUAUCGGAGGUGCUGCCCGCGCGCCCGCUGCCGCCCACGCGGGAGGCCUUCACUAUCAGCGGCCGCAGCUACGAGUGGAUCAACUGGAGGGGGCGCAAGCUCAUCUACCUGCCGGAGGCGUUCCGCCCCAACAUCGGCGCGUCGCUGUGCUGCUGGGUCCAGGGGCAGAGCGUCGUCGUGGGCUGCGAGUCAGGCGAGGUCCUGCUGUUCAGGUUCUCGGAGGAUAUGCGCCCGGCUGGCCCCGCGGAGACAUGUGCUUGAUUUCUCUUUCGGGCCGGGGUGUUAGACGUUUUCAGCACCAAGAUUUUUCUUUCUGUUCUCUCCUCUGUCUUCACUAGGAAUUCUAUCCCCCAGGUUGCCCUUUUAUCGUUCAACCCGACAGCCUGGAGAGCAUUGCCACAAAGGAGGAAGGUAUGCAGGCGCACUUCGGAGGCCGGCUCGGUGCUAGGCCCGAUUCGGGCACAUCGAAUGGGUACCUCGUGGUCCGAUAUCAAGCAUGAGGGAUAGGGGUCAAAAGUGUAUAUAAUGGCAAGGAGCCGGUGGCUCCCUGUACCGGAUUCCUUUCCUCCUCAGAGAGAUAGAUCAUCCUUCAAUAGAGCCUACCUUGCCUCCCUUCUCCUUGCAACAAGCAUCUCUCCACGGCUGUUGACCUUAGCGCUAAAU